UAAUGGAGUUUAUAAAGUGUGUUCAACAGCAACACACACCGAGGAUCACUAAACGUCAAGUAGGCUACACAUGUCAUUGAGGAACAAACAAACAAACUGGUGUUCAUUUAGUCGCAUUCAGCCUAACAUCAUAACCUGCUGCUUUUGAUGUUGAGAUCUGUGUGUGGAGACCGUGACUGAUCGUGAAUCAGCAGCGCGUAACGGACCGAGCGGAUUACCGGUGCCUUUCAGCGUUUCAGGAACUGAUUGUGCGCGUGAUGCUGCCGGUGAACAAUCACGGAACAGAAAAGAAAAGCACUUGAGUGAGGAGACAUAAUGACGGAGGGUGUGAAGAUUCAUCAGGAUGCUGCCACAACCUCUGUAUCGCGGAGCAGGACGUCCUCUCUGGAGGCUGCAGAAACAGAUCUUGUGUCUGAGGAGCCGGAUCAAGAGGAAGAAGAAUCCUCCAGUGCUCCAGAGGUGCAGCAUCCUUCCACUGGAGGAGCAGAGGACAGCGGCGGUGGCCCGGUGGCGCCUGAUGGUGGCUGGGGCUGGGUGGUCGUUGCAGCUACCGUUCUGGUCUUAGCGAUGACUCUGGCUUUCCCUUCUUGCAUUGGGAUAUUUUACACAGACUUGCAGAAAGACUUCCAGGCCAGCAACACUGAAACGUCAUGGGUGCCAGCCAUCAUGAUAGCAGUGCUCCAUGCAUGCGGCCCCUUAUGUAGUGUUCUCGUGGAGUGCCUCGGUUGCCGUUCAACAAUAAUUAUCGGUGGGAUCCUGAGCGGACUGGGAAUGGCAGCCAGCUCAUUUGCACGGACAUUAGUAGAGCUGUAUAUCACUGCUGGCAUUAUCACAGGAAUGGGAUUCUCUUUGUCUUUCCAGCCGUCGAUCACCAUGGUGGGCCACUACUUUGUGCGGCGCAGGGCAUUCGCCAGCGCCUUGUCUUCCACUGGCACUGCACUUGGGAUGAGCAUCCUACCAUUGCUAGCCAACUAUCUGCUGAGCAGCUUUGGCUGGCGGGGCAGCUUUCUGGUGCUGGGAGGGAUUCUGCUGAACUGUUGUGUUUGUGGGGCUGUAAUGCGCCCCCUUGGGGCCAAACCAAAGAUGGAUACCAGAACCGGACAGACGAACAAUCGCCACUCAAAACUCAAAAUCAAUUGCCUUUCCAUUCCUCAUGAACGAGAGGGUCUGAAAGGCCGUCUACGGGCCACUCUAUCCACCGUCAUGUCUUUCCUGAGCAGGCACAUGGCUUUCGACCUGCUGUACAGUAACCCGUACUUCUGUGCCUAUGCUCUUGGGGUGUCCUGGAUGAUGUUGGGCUUCGUGGUGCCUCUCAUUUACCUGGUUCCCUAUGCCACCGCUUACGGCAUGGAGCAAGACCGAGCCGCUCUACUGAUGGCCAUCCUCGGGUUGAUCAACAUCACAGUUCGGCCCGCAGCAGCACUGGUUUUCGGGCUGCCUCGCUUCCGUGGAAGCCAUAAAUUUGCAUAUCUGUUUGCCUCGGCGGUGCUGAUCAACGGAUUAAGCAGCUGCAUCUGUGGGACGGCCGCCAGUUUCCCAGUACUGCUGGCGUAUGUUAUAGUGUUUGGGUUUUCCAUGAGUCUCAUCGGCUCCUUGUUGUUCACCGUACUGAUGGACACGGUGGAGAUGAGCCGCUUCCCAUCCGCCCUGGGCCUCAUCAGCAUUAUGCAGAGCAUCAUGCUGCUGAUUGGUCCACCGUUAGCAGGAAUGCUGGUUGACAGCACUAGGCAAUAUGCCUAUGUGUUCUUCGCCUGCAGCAUAAGCGGCUCCACAGCUGGUCUCUUCAUCAUGCUGUCCUUCUACUGGCUGGACAGACAGAAGGACCGAGAGCUUAAGAGCUCCUUCACUCAUAAAGACACAAACGCACUGAAGCCAAGCAUUAAGAUGACCACAGACUGUGAUUACAGUCCAGUGCCUUUACACAGUAACAGUGUCAGAGACAUGGAGACUGAUGUGUGACCACCUUGUGUGUCUUUCGCCGUACUCAUUUUGUUCAUUCAGUGCACAGGAACCUAGUCUUUUCUCAUCCUAGUUAGAGGACGAUCAGAUGUAUUUGACACAGUGUAUGACCACGGAUAAAGCACAUAAAGGUUUUUGGACUGCUGUAAAAAUAGAAAAAGGUCCAAUCUAUUACAUGGUGCAACAUGGGAACUUGAAUCACUUCAGAUCAUGUCAUAAAACAUUCAGAAAAUUAUAUUUUUUAUUACUCUAGUCUACUUCAGGGUUUCUAACAAAGGCUAGUUAUAAUUGACAUUCACAUUACUGUAAUUUAGAUUCUGCUGGGAAUAAAUGAAUGUAGAAAA